AUGGGCGAAACUCCAUCCGCCAAAAAUCGACCCAUAGUCAUAGCCGUUAAACUGUAUGCCAGAGUGUUGGUGGAAAGGCUUUUCAAAGUCGGGGCUAUAAUAGGAAGUAUGACUCGCAUUAUAUUGAUUGAAAAGAAACAUAAAACAAAAAGGACCAAGAAAAUUGCUGCAGCAAUAAGAGUAUCAAUAAUAUUCAAUUUGGCUAUUAAACAAAUAAUUAUUCCCCCAAUGGAAGAGUCGGGAGAAACCUUGACAGUUCCUAAAUUUUUGUGUUGUAUCACUUCUUCAUCACUACAUAUUCGUCGAGGCAUGUUCUCUGAUACUCCUUUGGUUUUUUCAGCAAAUCAAGGAAUGGACCCCAACACACUUAUUAAAACAAAGAAAAAGGCGAAAAAUAAAACUAACUUCCUUCUUCAAUUAAAAGUGGGAAGCUUUUCUGACUUAACCUCCUUGGCUGCAAGAGGGGAACCAACAAAGGAUAAAAAUGAAGAAAUUCGUCAGCCCAUCAGAAAUUUGAAGCCAAAAGGGAAGCAGCAACAAAAAGCGAAAGCAAUGAUAGAUAAACCAUUUCCAUCAAACGAAAGAGUCGUUUUAGUUGACUCCCAUAUAGCCGGAAAAACCUCAGUUAUUCCGAUUGGAUUAUUGGCUAUUGCUGGAAAUCAUGAGGCUACUAUUAAUGCAACAAAGACAAGUAGAUAG